AUGUCAUUGGAGAUAGAUUGGACAUCACUUUCACCUUUACUGGCCAAGACUCUAACUGAUCAACUUAAUCGAAUACUACCAUCAGUACCUUUACCAACAUUUCUAGAUCCAAUCAUCAUUCAAUCAGUCGAGUUUGGUGAUAGUUCUCCUGAGAUUCAAAUCAUCGACAUUCGUGAUAUCAGUAAAGCUUUCUCUGACGCUGAUAUACGAGCUCAAUCAUCAAGAUCUCAGCAAAAUUAUAAUGAAUCCGCCUCUCCAUCACCUGCCGAUCGGUAUCCUCCCGACUCUGAUAGUCGAUUUCUCGGUUCUAGACCUUCUCCUAGUAUCGCAACUUCCUUCAAUCCCAAUCGGUCUCAUCAAGCAGUAGAAACUCCACGCGAUCAUGCAGCUUUCCUUACUCCAACCCAUUCAAACUUCUCAGACUGGCGGAAUACACAACAAUCCUCAAGAGCUCCUGAACCUAGACUUCCAUCACCUCAAACUCGUAGCUCAUCUUCUCAACCAUCACUCGAAUUACAUUUACGAGUGACCUAUUCAGGGAACAUGCGGAUCGACCUAUCAACUGCACUGGUCCUUAAUCAUCCUGCACCGCUCUUCAUGAGUUUGCCUGUCAAGAUGCGAGUGAUGGGAUUCGUAUUUACAGCUGAAGUGAUCUUGGCCAUUGAAGCUGAUCGAUCAAGAUGUCAUUGUACAAUCAUGGAACCUAGUCCAACUUCAGAUCAAGAAGUUGAUGAUGGACUUCAUCCAUCUGAACUGACGCCUGGUGCAAGAAUCUUACCGGAAAUGCUUAUCCACACUGAAGUUGGUAAUGCUGAUAAACAUGUACUGAGAAAUGUGGGAAAAGUUGAAAGGUUUUUACUUGAUACAUUACGUCGAAUUAUCUGUGAUGAACUCUUGUUUCCGUAUUUUCAACUGAUUCGGCAUUGUUUUGCGAUAUAG